AAAACCUUUUGGACGACAGGAAGUGACCUUUUCAAAUAGUCUCCUGCAGUUUCCUUCAGAGACCCCGUGGCGGAUAAAAACGCAGAACAGGCGCACCGUUUGUCGCACAAACUGCCGCAGACUGCAGACAUGGAGCCGGAGAACAUUUUCCUCUUCGUUCCUAAUUUAAUCGGUUACGCCCGGGUGGUGCUGGCCCUGAUCUCCUUCUUCCUGAUGCCUUGCUGCCCGUGGCCGGCUGUCUUCUGCUACCUGUUCAGCGCUCUGCUGGACGCCUUUGACGGCCAUGCAGCGCGAGCGCUCAAUCAGUCCACUAAGUUCGGUGCCAUGUUGGACAUGCUGACCGACCGCUGCGCCACCAUGUGUCUGCUGGUCAACCUGUCCCUACUCUACCCCUCCUACACCUUCCUGUUCCAGCUCAGCAUGUGUCUGGACAUCGCCAGCCACUGGCUGCACCUGCACAGCUCGACGGUAAAGGGAUCAGCCAGUCAUAAAACCAUCGACCUCUCCGGGAACGCCAUCCUACGCCUCUACUACACCUCCAAGCCAGUCCUGUUUGUGAUGUGCGCCGGGAACGAGCUCUUCUUCUGCCUGCUCUACCUUCUCUAUCACAUCGAGGAGCCGGCAGGCUGGCUCUACUGGCUGCAGGGGCUCUGUGGGAUCAUCUGCCUUCUCAAGUCCGGCAUCAGCGUCCUGCACCUCAUCACUGCCUCGCAGAACAUGGCCGCCAUGGACGCCGCCGAGCGGGAGAAGGCCUCGAAGAUGAAGUGAGAGGUCAUGGGGAGGUGGCGAGAGCUGCGACAGCAUCAGCAGAUCCGUCGCGGUUUCACUUGUUGUUUUCUUAAAGGGAAAGUUUGUCAGAGCGAAACGGAUUCUGACCAAAUAUGGAGAAAAAUAUUCCAAAUCCACGGCACAGCCUUUAAAUCACAACAUAAGCUCAUAACGCAAACUUAAAGGACAACACGCACUGUUACAUGUACCGAUAAACGGACAGGUCCCCGGUUACCGCUCACCUGUUUUAUUACGCUAACGUCAGAGGCGUGUCCGGCGGUGAUGACAGCGAGAACUAACGCAGUUGUUCUUUAUUUUUCCGUUAAAGCGACGGUUCGUAUCCGAUUUAUCGAUUACACAGAAACAAAUGUUGCUCUUUCUCGCUGCCACACUUUCUCAGUUUUACAUCAUAGCGAUAAUUUAAAAAAACAUCUGAAAGCUUUGAAAAACACAAAUUUUUAAAUUAAAUAUUUAAGUUUGAACAGACAAAUACAGAGGACCAGAAGUCGAAAAUGAAUGUAAAAAUCACUGAAAGAAUAUAAAGUAAUGUUAAUAAUGACUGUAGGCAGGAAUUAUAAUAUUCCUGUUAUCUGCUCAUGUGUUUAUACAUCAUCAAUAUUUAAAUCCAGAAACAAAAGUAACUACAGAAAUAACAGAAGUGACUAAAGUCUGGGCAAAAUAAAUGAGGCGCGAUGUGAAAGGACACAUGUAGUCUAAAUAUGUAAAUGAAGAAGCAAAUAAAAUGGCUAAUUAUUACAAAAGUAAACAAGAACUCAACCGUUUUUUUGGGGGGGGGACAUUGUCAGUCCUCUGUAUCUGAAUAUGAACUUUCCAAAUUGUUGUUGUUGUUGUUAUUAUUUUCCUAUUUUACUCAUCAAACUAUUAACUGAUCCACAACGUUAAACACAAUGAAAAUACAGAUCAAAUACAGAUUAUUGUAAUUAUUA